GUAAAACUGUGUAAAAAGAGAUGGGAUUUUUUGAGCUGACACUGAAGAAACAGGCACCCCGCAGCAGAGUCUACACUGUGCCUUUGUGGAUUAGCUGACUCUGAAACAUCUGACUUUGCUGAGUAAUCUUUGAAUUCUGACUCAUUAGCAUCAUUUUUUUAGCCCAUGUAAGUACAUUGUUCAGUAUUACCUGCUUUCCUGGACAAACAAUAGAAUUCAGUUGUCUCAAAAACUAAACUUGUUUCCUUUUCCACACUAGUCCCAGGAAGCAAUGAUUUACAUUUCCUAUUCCACACUGACUAAUGUUGUAUUAUGCUAAUGUUUGUAUUUUAUUUAGUUUACAGAAUCUGGCAGUUUUGAAUUUAACUUAAACCACUAAAUCUUAUGACUAUCACACUUUUUGUGUGCAUUGUGUUCCAAUAUAUAGUUUGAGCUAUUAGUUAUUGUAAAGGCCAGUCAUAGAACUAUGUUUUUUUGUUGUUUUUAUAUGGUUUAUAUUAGUUUGAUUAUUUUUAAAAUUCAAAUUUAUUGUGUUUUUGUUAAUUUAUUUUUUCUGCUGUUCUUCUUCCCACCCACCCCACUAUUUUUCUAAUUACAUUGUACACAAACUCUCUCUGUCCCCAAGGAUUGAUCUAUUAAUUGAGCUGACUGUAAGGUAAUUAAAAUUGAUUGCUAAAGUACCAUGAGUCUUUAACUACACUUCAGACAAGUAUGUGAUUAGAUUGGAGGUAGCAAAACGGUGUUAACAUAUCAACUGGAAAAAAGUGUACUAUUGGCUAAAAAUAUAUUUGUAGGACUGAAAGAAUCAUAAGAUUAAUUACCCCUACAAGUCCUCUCUGUGCGUGAUUUUGAUUUGAUUUUCCUUGGUGUUAAUUUUUGUUCUCCUGGUUAUAUAAAAUUAAAGGGGAUACUGUAUAGAGCCUUUAUUAACAAUUUCAAUGCAUUUAGAAUUCAAUGCACAAAAAAGAUGCUUACCUCUGUAUGUCCCUCAUUAUAGUCCCUUGGAUGUUCUACAAGGACUGGCUGGUCGUGACCAGCCAAUCCUUGAUCUUGCCUUAAUUUGCCUAUAUUCUCAUUCCUGUUAACAAUAGCUGAACUCUAAAAUAGCAUUAAAGGACCUGUAACUACAUUAACAGGCACAAUUGCAAAAUAUAAAUAAAAUGAAAGGGAAAAAAAAUAGAAUAAGUAUUUUUUUUUUCUGCAUGCACGCGCCUAUGUGUUUACUUGGGACAACUAGUGUGCAUACAUGUGUGACCUAACACUUAUGUACACUUACAUUAGCUAAUUUCUAAUGUCAGACAUUGGUCAUGAGUGUGCGACUGUCUUUUCUAUAUUGACUUCAAACACAUGUUGCAGUUAAAAGAUGUUCCAUUCCAUUCACAUAAUCUAACAUCAGUUCAUUUAAAGGGACACUCUGGUCACCACAACAACCUUAUCAACAUAAAGUUAUGGUGCCAGGGGGUCCCUGGGUGCACUUAUAUCUUAAGGUGUUAAACGGUUUGACCCCAAAAGUUGCCUCAAGCGUUGAUUUCAGGUCCCCCCGGGUGACAUCUGGCUUCUGAAUCUGUUACAGGAAGCGUGAAGUGUUGCUGGGCAGGGACAGCACUGAUUGGAUUAGAGUGGUCAGCUGAUGUUCUAAGCCAAUUAGUAGCUCAACAUUGAUAAAAAAACAAACAAAAAAAAAAUGUAUCAAUGGGGAGCUACUAAUUGGCUUAGAGCAUCAGCUGACUGCUCUAGCUAGUUACUGGCGCCCAUGCUCAGUGGCACUCUGCGCUUUCUGUAACUGAGAUUCAGAAGCAGAAUGCAGCCUGGGAAAACUAAAUAUCGGCUCUGGAGACAUCGUUUAACCACUUAAAGUAAGAGUGUGUCAGGGGGCAUCCUGGCACCAUAACAACUUCAUAUAGAUGAAGUUGUUUUGGUGAUCUGAGUGUCCUUUGAAGUCAGUGGCACAACUGCUGCAGCGAUAUUGAUCAUAUGCAUACUCAUCCGUGACUUAGAGUAAAAUAAUUUUAAUGGAUUGAGCACAUUUUUGAGACAUGUACAGAUCUCUGACUCUUUCUUUUGGAAGAGGGUAACCGGGAUCGAGCUUUGGUGCAAGAUGUCUGCAGUUUCUGUACAAAAAAUUAAUCUAGCAUAUUAUCUGGAUGAUAUUUCACAAGACGAGCCAUCAAGAGUGGCCCUUUAAACAGCAGUGCCUUGUUCAUCCCAGCCUCCUGCUACUCAUUACCCCCACCCAUCUUAUUGUCUAAUAACCCCUAUCUCUGACCUCACUUGAAGCAGAAGUCUUUGAUAAACACUGUGUGAUCUGUUCAAUCUGAGUCAAUAAGACUUGGAGUCCAAGGAUUUAGUUUGUACUUUGUGCAUUCUAAAUUCUUUUUGAAUGAGUGAGGUUGAAGUUUGAAGUUUAUUUUCCAUUUAAGUCUGUAUCUUGUGUGUUUUGUAUUUAUUUAGUCUUUGUGUGUCAGCAAUAAGAUGCCUUGACUUUAUUUUUGUGUAAACACUGUUCACGUGAGUGCUCUUCACUUUAGGAAUAUAUGGUGAAUAUAAUACUUGUGGAAUAUUUUUUUGCAUUACUGUAAAACAUUCUAUCAUUACCUCUCAUUAUUGUUGUUCUUCCCUACAUACCUUCCCCCUUUCUUUGUUUUGCUUUUUUUUUUUUUCACUGGUGAAUCCCCUAUUGUUAUCACGGCUGCCAUCAUGCUCAUUUGACAUUAUUUAAGUCAACAGAUCACGUUUUAAAGGAAGCCCCCAGAUGCCUUAUUUACCAUCAGACAAAGUGUGUGUGUGUGUGUGUGUGUGUGUGUGUGUGUGUGUGUGUUUUCUACCCUCAUUUCUCUACCCCCUACAUCCUGAUUUUUAUAUCAUGGCAGAAUAGUUGUACUAAGUAAACAUUCUUACUAAAGCUGAAUACCUCCAAAAUUUUGUAGAUAUUGAUCUAAUUAUUUGUACAGAACACUAUUAUCUAGAGAGUUUUAUAUUGAUUGGCAGUGAUAUAGCCAUCAUUUAUUACACUAUUUUGACCGCUAUAACACCAUUGAAUAAAACAUUGAAAAUCACCUAUAACUUGUGUUAACUUUUUAUUUUUUUAAGUUACUGUGUUGUUUUUAAAUUAAAUAUUUAGCAAUUGACAUCACAGUCCUGGCAGAGUCAGGGCACGCAAUGCAAAUAAGGAGUAGAAAUAGACGCCAUGCCAGCACUGUUAUGUCUAUAUUUUUGGCAAAUAUUGGAGCAAUUUAUUAAAUCUGGCAGCUUUGUUCAUCUGAUUUUUUUUUUUUUGAUUUUUUUUGGUGCCCUAACUGUCACUUUUGAACAUUUGCCAUUCAGAUUUAUCAUCAGAUUUAUCAAUUUUUCCAUUUCUUUUUUUUCUAAAUUUGGUGGUUUACUAAAAUGGAAAUUUUGUGAAAAGUGGCAGAAUUUGCUAUGAAGAAAACUGUUCUUUUUAAGAUAACAUUUUUGAAAACUUAAAAAAAAAAAAACCUGCAUCUCUGGGCUUGACUUGAUGUAGGAAGCUUCCGGCAGUAGAAGAGGUUACUAGCAUUAUUGCAGACUCCAGGUAAGUUGUCAAAGCGUUCUUAAUCAAUUAUCCCUACACUAAAGAAAUUGCUUAAAAUUAUCAAAUGACCCAUCUAGAUAUGCGGACUACACACUUUGUACCCUUUUUUUUUCUUCCCUGCAUUCUCUUCCCCUCACCACACCCAUUCUUGUUUGGUUUAUACUCGCAGAUUACUUAAAGGACAUCCUCAAACUUUUUGUUCAGAAUUAAAGGGACACUAGGGAUCAAAACAACUUUACCUUAAUUCAGAGGUCUGGGUGUUUAGAUCAUGCCCUUGCAGUUUUUCUGCUCAGUUAUCUUCCACUUAAGAAUUAGAUCACUUUUAUUUCCUUUAUUGCAGCCCUAGCCACACCUCCAUUGACUGUGACUCAUACAGCCUGCAUAGUAAAAAAAUGUUUCAUUUUCAAUCAGAUGUUAAACUGCUUCACAAAUGUUUAUACCCUACUCUGCACAUUGAACUUUGAUUACACACAGGAUGCACCUGUAGGCUCUAGAAGGCUAAUAACAGAGCAGGAGAUAAGAAAUUCUAAAUUAAACCGAAUGUGCAAUAAAGGAAGUGUAAACAUUAGAUCUCAGUUUGCAGGAAGUCUUUAGGAAGGAUGUGCAAGUCACAUGUAGGGAGGCGUAAUUAGGGCUGCAUAAAAGUGAUUUAACUCCUAAAUGGCAGAUAAUUGAGCAUUGAGACUGCAGAGGCAUGAUAAAUACACCAAAACUGAUUCAUUAAGCUGACAUUUUUUGGUGCCUAAAGUGCCCCUUCAAAAAUUGCUUGUUUUCUAUUUUCUACUUGAUUUCCUGUGUACAUGUUUUGUUUUUUGUUCUGUUUUUUAGCUUGCUGUAUACAAACAUUUUCAGUUAUGCAUACAUUAAUCUUAUUUUACCAAUUGCAUUUUCUCCCUGCAACCCAUUGUUUCAGUAUAAAUUAUUCCUCUAGUUUUUAAGCUCUGAAACUCUCUUGCGUGACACAUCUGUAUCAGUGUGAGUCUAGUUAUAUAGUGUAUCCUUCUCUCUAUAAACCCAUUUAUAUUUUUGCAUAAUUUGUAAAAACCCUCUAAGGGCACUAUAUAUAAAGGAUAAAAUAAACAAAGUGUAAGGGAAAGCUUUCAUAAAGAGCACUUUCUUCAGAUGUUUUGAAAAAAAAAAAAGAGAAGCAGCCAAUUUAUUGUAGUGAAGGCUAAGAGUGAAAUUGCAUAGAAUCAAGUAGGAGCACUUGGGAAACAAAAGUACUGUCUAAUUGGAAACCAAUGGAGGUUUUGAAGAAGUGGCAUGGUAUAAGCAGAAUGGGGUAUGUUUGUGGAAGAUACAUGCAGCCACAUAUUGAAUGAUGACAUUACGUGAAGAUCGACCAGGAGGAAGUUGCAGCACUCAAGGCUAGUGAAGAUGAGGAAUGGAUAAAUUAUGUUGUAAAGUAGGUUAGAAACCAAUAGAUUGUCCAGGUAUUGUAGAGAUGAAUGUCAGAGGACAGAUAAAUAUAUGUCAAAAAGUAGUGAUAAGUCAAAGAGAAGGCCUAGGUUGCAAACAAUGAGCGAGGAGAUGUUUUUUAGUGGGUGGAAGUCAAUAGUGGAUGUUGAGAUGUUAAAUACUGGAAGUAGAGUAGGGAAGAAGAAGAAAUGUUUGUUCCGGCUUGGAUUUAUUUGCAGAAAAUCUGAGAAAAUUCCAUAUGUGAUCUCAGAGAGACAGGAAAUGAUGUGGGGGGAAAUUAAGAUUGAGUUGGUGUGCUACAGAAUUUUAGUGCUUUAUAAAAAUUAUAUUUAAAGGAUCACUAUAGUGUCAGGAAAACAAAGCGGUUUUCCUGACACUAUAGUGCCCUGAGGGUGACCCCACGCUCAGGGUCCCCCUCCCGUGGUGCUGAAGGGGUUAAAACCCCUUCAGCAGCUUACCUUAUUCCAGAGCCGGGCUCCCUCGGUGCUGGUGACCACUCCUCCCUGCCAACGUCAGCUCCCCCUGCUGACGUCAGCGAAGCCGAAUGCGAAUGCAUUCUCAAUGCUUUCCUAUGGACGCUCUGUGCGAUGGAGGCAUAAUAUGCCCCCAGCGUCGCAGAUGCGUCUCUAGUUGCUGUCCGGAAGACAGCCACUAGAGGCUGGCUUAACCCCAAAUGUAAACAUAGCAGUUUCUCUGAAACUGCUAUGUUUGCAUCUGUAGGGUUAAAACCCGAGGGACCUGGCACCCAGACCACUUCAUUGAGCUGAAGUGGUCUGGGUGAGUAUAGUGUCCCUUUAAUAUUCACACUGUCACAGCUACCAACAGUAUUAAAUAUGUCCAGACAGUCCAAAAUUUGGACAGCUAUCUCACCAUGCAAGGUUUUAUUCUCUCCAGAGCGCUCUCAGCAUGAGCCUCCAGGUUGCCUCCAGAAUGUCAUUUCAUGUUGAGUUGAGGUUUAUGAUGUCAACAGUGAGGCAGGUGACAUCACUGGCAUGUUGUCCCUAAACACUACUUCACCUGCUGCAUAAUUUCUCAUUAAACUACUACAUUAGCGUUUAGUGUGUUCUAUAAAAAAAUUAAAAAAUCAUUCACAGAGGAAAACACAGACCUGAUUCAUUAGGGGGUUUAUAGGCUUAACUACAACAUUUACCUUACAAAAAUGGAGAAAAUAAAAUUCCACAUUUUUUCAUUUGGCUAUUUUGGACAAAAUGUGUCAUUCCCUUGUCAGUUCCCCACUAUUUCCUUUUGAGUGAGUAAAUGUUGUUAGUAUUUCUCAGAUCUUUUAUUUCUCCUCUUGUAACGUGACACUGUCUAUUCUAGUCUGUUCUCUGAAGUGUUUGUUCUGUUUUGAAGUGGUUUAUAAAAUAACAGACAUUACUCUUUAACAGUAAAACAUUUUUUAAAAAAAAAAAAAAAAAAAAAGGUACCAACUCCAUAGAUGUCACUUGAUGUGAAUCGUUGAAAUGCACAACUUGAAGGAUUCGGUCACGAAUGUGUUUGUUAAAGGGGAGAGGAGGAGACGGAGUACAAUCAGAUAGCAAAAAAAGAAGCUGAUACCCAUCUUAAUGAUUGUGCUUGAUGAAGAAAAGUGAUUUGACUGUGACUGAAUGGAAAAAAUUAAGUCUUUUUAAAAUACCCAUUUGAUAAGUUAAUUGUACAUAGCAGGAAAACUGACUGAAAUCCAGAUCACCCACCACCCCAGAGCUAAUGAUGUGCUUGAGAUAAGUCCUCUUCACACAUUCUGCUGAUUGUAGAGAUAAUGGCUGCUACAGAAGUAUAUACUAAUUUUUUAAUGAUGCCAUUCACUUGUAUUGAGUUAUUGCUUUUAGGUAAGGCAGCGAGUAAAUAUGGAAAAUCUCCAUAUACAUUUUAAAAUUAGAGGGACACUCCAUGUGCCACUACUCCAAAGGGGCAACGUGUUUUAAAGGAUCCAAUUAGUUAUAACGGGAGAUUUUAUUUGUUUUAUUUUUGUUAUAUAAAUGCUAAUUAGUGCUUAUUAGUAUUUUUUUUUUCAUACAAAUUGAAAUCCCCGUCCCAGCUUCCUGUAGUGUCUAAUUUUUUUUUUUUUUGCACUAAAGGUACCACUAUACAUAAUGUCACACCUACCAAGAGCUUUAGUACAAAUUUUGAGUUUCUACAGCAGGAGGUUUACAAUUGAACUACAACUCCCAGAAACCCUUGCUUGUGCCCAUAAACUACUGCUUUUAGGAAGAGGUCUACACUGCUAUAGGAUGUAUUGUAUUAGCAUCAAUCACUUCCUGGUUUUGUGAGAGCCCAUUGCAAAUCCUGCUGGAGUUUGUACAGGAAAUACAAAAAUCUCUAUUUUUGUAAGAUUUGACUUAGAUUUUUAAAUGUGACUUUUAAUUUUAAAAUGGGUGAGUGGGUACAACACUAAUGUAUUGUAACCUGCAUUUUUUUAUGAAUUCUUUUUCCCUUUAUGCUCUGCGAACCUAUAUUUAAAAUUAUAAUUGCAAGCAUCUAAAUUAAAAGUUUUUUUUCAACGCGUUUUAUUACUUAGUCACCCCCAUAAACCCUGUAGAAUAUUUUUUAAAUUAAAGGGACACUAUAGUCACCUGAACAACUUUAGCUUAAUGAAGCAGUUUUGGUGUAUAGAACAUGCCCCUGCAGUCUCACUGCUCAAUCCUCUGCCAUUUAGGAGUUAAAUCCCUUUGUUUAUGAACCCUAGUCACACCUCCCUGCAUGUGACUUGCACAGCCUUCCAUAAACACUUCCUGUAAAGAGAGCCCUAUUUAGGCUUUCUUUAUUGCAAGUUCUGUUUAAUUAAGAUUUUCUUAUCCCCUGCUAUGUUAAUAGCUUGCUAGACCCUGCAAGAGCCUCCUGUAUGUGAUUAAAGUUCAAUUUAGAGAUUGAGAUACAAUUAUUUAAGGUAAAUUACAUCUGUUUGAAAGUGAAACCAGUUUUUUUUUCAUGCAGGCUCUGUCAAUCAUAGCCAGGGGAGGUGUGGCUAGGGCUGCAUAAACAGAAACAAAGUGAUUUAACUCCUAAAUGACAGUGAAUUGAGCAGUGAAAUUGCAGGGGAAUGAUCUAUACACUAAAACUGCUUUAUUUAGCUAAAGUAAUUUAGGUGACUAUAGUGUUCCUUUAACACUUUAGUGACCUUUGUCCAGCAUUGGGUGACAAUCCUGGUGUUGCUCAGCAUGGCUCUAUCUGAGACGUUUUUGAUCUAACUAUUUAACCAGCUCAAGCACAGAAAGCAGAAGUGGUCACUGUGGUUGGAGUACCACUUUAAAGGGUUUCUUUACUGAAACAUAUGUUUGGGAGGUUUUUUUUUUUUUGUUUGUUUGUUUUUUUUCUAUCCUUGUUAUUUUUUUCUAUCUCUUGCACAAUUGUUGCAUUCUCACCACUGCUAAAUUAUAAUGAAUAAGCCUCUCCAGCAAUACAGGCCAUGUGUCUCAAUAAUAUGGUUCAAAUAAAUGCAAGGUAAAGGUUUGUGGAUUAAAAUCCCAGUAGCAAGAUUUAAGCCACAUCAGAUAAUUUGUAAAUCCCUUUAAGGGAAUUUGUUUGGUGAACUGCAGCAAUAUCAGUUAUGUAAAGACACUACUGAAACUGUUGCGCAAAGUACAGGUCCAUUUUAUAUUGUGAAAUAGCUACAGUAAUGUGCGUGUAUGUCAAUCGUAGGCUUGUUUUUGUUUUUUGUACUUUUUUUUUUUUCCAGCUGAAUUUAAUCACAGUGAGCAUAUGUAGCGUUUUUUUCUUAGAAAUGUUUUGGCAAUUUAACAUUUAUAGAUUACAUAUGUUCUAACGUGGUGUACUUCCUGUCCAUUUUAGUUCCUUGCCUUUUUUUUCUUUUUUUUUUUUUUAAAUACAGUACGUGAUUUGUAGUGCAGUUUGUAUCCAUUUCAAUGCUAUUAAAUACAUUAACCAUAAUCACACAUUUUAUUCUUUUGUAGAUCAGCAGCAAACCAGAAGCCAGAAUGAAUGAUUCUCAGAUAUUGGACUAUUCUUUGGAUUAUAACUACACUGACUUCCUGGAUUACAACUUUACUUUAGAAGAUGAUUUCCGUGAUUCAAAACAAAAUACCUUGUUUUGUGUGAUUUACGUGUUGGUCUGUGUUAUUGGCUUUGUUUCUAAUGCCCUGGCCAUCUACGUGGUACUUAGGUACAGAUACAUGUGGACAACCACCAACAUCUACAUCUCCAGUCUUGUUUUGGGGGACCUGUUGUAUAUGAUGUGUUUGCUGUGGUUUGCCGUUGAGACUGCUUAUUCAUACUGGUCCAUGGGUAUGGUCUUGUGUAAAGUUUUCUGGGCUCUAACGACCGCAGUUGCCUUCUCCAGUUCAUUUUUUCUGACAAUUAUGUCCAUCAAUGACUGUUUGCACGUCUACUUCCCUGUCUUCUCGAGGAAUAGACUUGGGCCAAAAGCAGCCUUGGUUAUCAGUGGCUGUACUUGGGUUAUCUGCCUUUUGCUGGGUAUUCCCAUAUUUAGGUAUGCAUCCCUAGAUUCUGGAAAGUCUUGCAAAGUUUGGUCUGAAGCCACCUCCCUUUACUCUAUUACAAUUACCACCUAUCAGCUUGUUUUGGCCUUUUUUGUGCCACUGGCAUUAGUUUGUGUCAGUCUAAUUCUCACUGCAAAUUGGUUAAAGUCUCACAAAAAACAUGCAGAUCCCUCUUAUACUAAUGUAAGAGAGGAUAUGAUAUUGGUUUUUGCUCUUUCUAUUGUCUAUCUGGUCAUUUGGCUUCCAAUGCAUGUUCUUGAAAUAAUGUCUGCAGUUGGAGUCUUUACGGAACUUUCGGAGACAGUCUAUUACCUUCUCUCCAUCGUACCUUACCUAAAAUGCUGCAUUUACCCCUUCCUGUAUGGAUUGAUAUCACAAAGCUUCAACGACGGCUACAAGAGAGUCCUCUGUUGUGCAAAGGCCAAAGCGAAAAACAAAGACACGGAAUGUUGUGGUGAUAAACAAGAAGACAAGUGUCUGAAUUGAAAUCUUGUUUGCUUUGUCUUUUUACAUUUCAAAAUGUAUCGACAGAAACAUAUUCAUAACGUCUUUUUAUUCAUAUCGGAUUCAUUUACUGGUAAUCCUCAAAAACAUAACCUAAACAAGCAUAUUACAUAUUCUGCAAAUAACCGUCUUCUAAUAAGGAAGUUUGCUUAAUUGGAGAACUCUCUUAUUAAAAAGUCAGUCAUUUUAAUCUUUAAACAAUGUUUUCAAUGUAACUUUUGAAAUCAAAUGGUUUUGAUAAAGCUUUUAGAUUUUGUUGGACAGCUGCAGAAAAGUAUUCUAUAUUUUUAUAUAAAUGUAUAUCAUUUUUUUGUAUUGUAUAGUAUUGUGACCCAUUCACUUACACUGUGUAUGUUCAUUUAUAUGUAAUCGCUUUCAUAUUGCCCUUUCAGAAAUGCUUUUGCAGUACAGCCGGGGAGUCACAUUUUACACACCCCUUAGAUAAUGUUUUAGAAAAAGUAACAUGGCCACACAUUACAUCAUCAGGCUUGAAGUAGCUUGGCCAAUCAGGAUGUUCUCAAUCUGGUCAGUGGAGUUCUAAAUUGUUAUAAAUGUUUCCCAUGCACUACAUGGUUUAAAGUAUAAGGGAGAGGAGCUGAUUGGUAGAAUUCAUAGUACUCGGUGCACAGCCUCCGUUCUUUUUAGAUUUAAAUUUCAGGGACUUGUAGGUCGACUUUCUACUUAUGAAAGCUGUUUAGAAGAACUAUAGUGUGGUGCCCAGUGUGCUCCUUUAAAGGACCACUCGAGGCACCCAGACCACUUCAGCUUAAUGAAGUGGUCUGGGUGCCAGGUCCAGCUAGGGUUAACCCAAUUUUUUAUAAACAUAGCAGUUUCAAAGAAACUGCUAUGUUUAUGAAUGGGUUAAGCCUUCCACCAUUCCCUCUAGUGGCUGUCUCAUUGACAGCCACUAGAGGCGCUUGCGUGCUUCUCACUGUGAUUUUCACAGUGAGAGCACGCCAGCGUCCAUAGGAAAGCAUUGAUAAUGCUUUCCUAUGCGACCGGCUGAAUGCGCGUGCAGCUCUUGCCGCGCGUGCGCAUUCAGCCGACGGGGAGGAACGGAGGAGGAUCGGAGGAGGAGAGCUCCACACCCAGUGCUGGAAAAAGGUACGUUUUAACCCCUUUCCCCCUUCCAAAACCCGGCGGGAGGGGGUCCCUGAGGGUGGGGGCACCCUCAGGGCACUAUAGUUCCAGGAAAACGAGUAUGUUUUCCGGGCACUAUAGUGGUCCUUUAAGUAGUCUUACUUCGUAAUGUAAUCAAAAUUGAAAAAAGACUUGAGUUUAAACUUCAACAUAUCUGUUUCUGCAGUUAAGUGAAAAAAGAAGGUAUAAAAAAUAUAUAUUUCAAGCAAUUUCAAAUUGUGCCACAAACCGGAAAAAAGAACCUUCGGCAUUCUACCUCCUUGGAUCAACACGCUCUUACCACCUAUUAGACUUCUCAUUUAAUACCAUUGUACAUCCUGUUAUAAGAGUCUUAACAGCAGAAUUGAAAGAGUAUAGCGAAAUAAAAUGGCGAUCUGAGACAUCUGAUGUUAAAACAAAAUGUUUUUACAUUGCUGCAGAACGUUCGAGGACAGUUACUUUAUUUAAUAUGUUAUUGCUGACUGAACUUCCUUUUGUCAAAUGAGCAUAGUGUUUCUUUUAUCAUUUGAGCACACUGACAAAGACCUAUAAAGAAUCUAAUUGAUAUACUAAACAUGAGCACCUCUCUUUAUUCAAGGCUCU